AUGCAAUUUAUCAAUGAGUUUUAUUAUUCUCCAAAUUAUUCAUAUAAUAUAAAUAAAAACUUGGAUCAUUGUAAAAUAUGGUCAUUAUAUUCUAAUAACUAUAUACUCCAAAUAUUAUAUUAUGAUAAUAUUGGUAUUCAAGUUACUGUAUCAUCUAAAAAAAGUUACAUUUAUUAUUAUUUGGGAAUAUUUUUAAUAUUAAUUAUAUUUAUCUUUAUUUCUCUAUAUUUUAUUUUUACAAUAUUUCAAUUUCUUAUACAAUUAUUGGUUCUAAUACUUAUUAUAUAUAUAUUAGGAAAUAAAUUUAUAAUAAGAUCACAAACUAUAUAUAUAUUAUUUGAUAUAGGCAUACAAGUUAAAACAUUGUAUGCUUUUAAUUCUGAAAUUAUUCCAUUUAUUGAUAAAACAAGGAUUAAAUCAAUUCUUAUUAAUGAGGGUAUAACUUAUACUGAGAUAUUUAAUUAUAUAUGCGUCAUUAUUGAUGAUCAAUAUUCAAUAUUUCUACCUUUUAUAUAUUUUAAAUUACCUAUAGAACAUAUCAUUAUUAUUUAUAAUUGCCUUCUCAAACUUUAA